UGUCAGCAUAAGUGGAAAAUGCGCUGAAAUCCCCCUUAGUUUUUGCUUACAAUUGUAACCAAACCCAUAAAUAUAACUUUAAAGGAAUGAGACUUAAGCCAGAAACCCAUGCUUUGUCUACACUUAAAAGGGUUGGCUGGUAUAGCUACACCUUAGAGCUCUAUUGGCAAGCACAGAUUUCUUUUCUGGUAUAACUUAAAUCAUUUUCUGCAUGGAACACACUAAACUGGCUAAAGGACUCUGCCAACACAACAGCAUCUACACGAGGGCUUUUGCCAGUGUGGCUGUAGCUGCAUGGGAGUGAUUUUUCAUCUUUCUGACAGCUAUUUUGGCAAAACUUCUAUAUUUAGACUGUAUCCAAGUUAAAGUUGGCAUUGUUUUAUGUUGCAAAUAAAGCAGAAGAGAUGCAUUACCAGUUUAUGGGCCUGGUUUUACAUUAUUUUAAAUUGUUUGUUCUGAAGGAAUGCGUGGGGCAGGAUCCAUGUGGUCCUUUGGAUGUUUGCCUCCCACAUUUGUGUUGCAUUAAAAUCACUUAGUUUUUCAAUGAGUAAGCUUUGGCAAUGGGAAACUUACGUUACUAAAAAAAGAUCGUGUCCAUAUUAUUCACCCCAGAAAUAGCUAUUCCAAUGCUUCAUAGCAAAUUUCCAAAGUGAACUGUAAAAAGAAGCAUCUGGGCUAAAGGACCUGUGGAUUAAUGCAUCAUUCUUCUUCACUCACUUUGCCCUCUUCAACAAAGAGUUUAAGCAUAGGAUUCAUUUUAAGCACACACAUAAGCCCAUUUCGAAUUCAGUAGUCAUGUCAGAUAUGAUAAUGCUUCUUUUUGAACUUUAAUUAAGGAGAUAUUUGAAAUUAAUCAUGUUUAAGCACUGUGCAGACUCAGGAUUUCUGUCAGAACUGCAAGUUUAGAUAGAGUGAGGCUAUUUAUUGUGGUCCCAUCUGCAUUUUCUAUUCUGAACUGGAUGCUAAGUCAGUAGUUUAAAGAUGUCCCAAGGGGCAUAUUUUUUCCACAUAAGUACAUUCACGUAUUUGGCUCUUUUUUCCUAACCUCUCUUCCGUUAAGUGUGCUUUUCUGGUUUCAGAAAUCCACGCAGAGAAGUUCUCAUUGAUUUUGUACUUGUGCUUACUGUUGAACUCUUUCCUCUGCCAGACCUCGUGUUUGCAGGUGUAGUCCUGAUGCUCGGGUUUGCAAGCCUGCCCUUGCUCCUGGAGCUGCACUGUGGGCAGCAGGCCGUGCCUCACUUGCAGACAGCGCAGGAGCUAUUUGAGGCAAAUAGGAAAUCUCAUGCGUAAUCAGUCAGCACUGAACCAGUGAGCCAAUUGGAUGAGGAAGUCUGAUUUAAUCAAGGCUUCUUCCUUCCUUUUUGUGAAACGCAGAAUGUGCCUGUUAGAAGAAAGCACAGACAUAUUUUUCUGCGCUUUGAAAACGCGAAGCAGGCUUUUUGUGACUUCGCACACACUAUGCAGGCACCACAACUGGAAGGUCUUCAGCAGUAUCCAGUGAUAGCUUGCGAUGGACCAAGACUCGCACUGCGCAGCAGAAAGGGAACUGUUGGAAGCUGUAAACAGGAUUACUAUGUUUUCUACCACAAGUCCAUCUGAUAAAGAGCAAAAUCAACCCCAAGCUGAAAUUUCAUGUCAAGUGAGAAAAGAAAACCCAGAAAAAGAUGACCUGCAAGAUUCCAGUGUAUCCCUAAGUCCCAACUCUUCAAUGACCACUAAGGAGCUUCAGGAAUAUUGGAGGAAUGAAAACCGCCAGUGCAAACAAGUCAAGCUUGUUUUUGAAAUCCCAUCAACCAGAAUUGUAGAGCAUCAUUUAUCUAAAUAUGUGAUGUAUAAAAUCAUCAUUCUGCAAACAGGGAGUUUUGACAGCAACAAGUCUGUAAUUGAGCGCCGUUACUCAGAUUUCGAGAAACUGCACAGAAAUCUGCUGGAGGAUUUUAGUGAAGAAAUGGAAGAUGUGACCUUUCCCAAAAAAACUCUGACAGGGAACUUCACAGAAGAAAUAAUCAAUGAGAGAAAAUUAGCCUUCAAGGACUACCUGAGACUUCUAUAUUCUAUGAAAUAUAUCAGAAGAUCAAAAAAAUUUAUUGAUUUUUUAACAAGGCCAGAGCUUCAGGAAGCAUAUGGGUGCCUGCGGGGUGGCCAGUACACCAAAGCUUUGGAAAUCCUUUUAGAAGUCAUUGGUCUGCAGGCAAGGCUGACAAGAGGCAGCCCUGUCUCAAUUGUCCCUACUCUCUGUGCCAUAGUGGUGUGCCACAAGGACCUGGAAAACCCAGCAAGUGCCUUUGAAUAUGGAGAAAAAGCUCUGUCGCAUCUUUGUGUACAUACUAGCCACAAGUAUUACAUUCCAUUGUUAGAAACAAUGAUCACUCUGGCAUAUGAACUUGGCAAGGAUUUUCUGUCUUUGCAAGAAAAACUGGAAGAAUGGAAGGCAAAAAAGGAUCCUAUUCGUAUUUUUACCCUGAAAGAACUUGCAGUUCGCGAGUAUGUACAAUGAACACAAGAAACAAUUUCUUUAAAGAGCAAAGCUGUCAACUUCUUUUCCCGGAUGCAAGCUUUUGAAAGAAUAAGAACUGGAAAUCACCUGUUUGGGUAACAUAAUAUU